AUGCUCACAAAGAUAUUAAUAAAAGUACUAAUAUAUGUACUGUUUUAUUGGCAAAAAUUUGCCUAUUCGGCGCCAGUUACGGGCUCGUCAUCCCAAUCCGGUACUGCCAUAGAUUUAGAUAUCACAGUUGCCACCCAUAACGACUAUAAUUAUAAUAAAGAUGUUAAUAUGCUUACGUUCACUCCUAAAGCAGGGAAGACCUUUAAAUCAGUUAAAGAUGGUGCAACGGAUGUAUGGAAGGCAGCCGACGCAAAUAGUUACGCAAGUAAAGUUGAAGUAGAUGUAGUCACCGCCGAUAAUAAGGCUGUUACAGUCCAAAUGGCUGGAAACCAGACGAAAGUGUUUAGAAAGCACGGAAAAAAUCAACCUUGGAAAGAGAUUGACAUAACUAAAACGAAUCCACAAUCUGUAAAUAUCAAGUAUAAGUACAACAGUUAUUAUUACACAAAUACCGUGUCAAACAAUGUAAGAACUUUCCAAGCAAAAACGGGAUUUGCGUUUAACAGUGUUAAUGAGUAUAUUAACAAUCAAAAGACUGAAAUUUGGAAAACGGAACAAGAGAAUGAAUUUGCAAAGAAAGUAGAUGUGGAAGAAAAUAAAGUAACUAUUUACACAGGGGAUGGUGCCAUUCCUAAAACAAAAGUAUUUAGCAAGGGGUCUGAUCAAAAAUGGAAUGAGGAUACUUCAGGUGGAUCUCAGGCAGGUCAGGCAGGUCAGGCAAGUCUAGGUGCGGCACCCGGACCAAGACCCCGGUCUGACGCUUCUAGUGGGGGCCCAAGUCCAAGAACAGGAGCCCCUACAUCAAUUACCGUUAAAAUACCAGAUGAUGAUGAUAAAUCAUCGCAACAGUCUGGUACUGGCCCGGUAGCUGGGGCGCCUGCGAUGCCUAAGGCCAGGUCAGCUCCCACUCCUGGAGGUACUCCUGCUCGGACGGCAACCUCAGUUGCACUUCCAGAGGAUGAUGACGAUAAAUCGACUCAACAGCCAAGUGCUGGACAGGUAACAGGUACUGCUGUACAACCAGGUGCACCUAGCAUGCCGAGGGCUAGGAGUGCUCCUACUUCAGGAGCCCCCCUGACACGUAUGUCUACAUCAAUCGCAUUACCAGAAGAUGAUGAAGGGAAAUCACAAGCUGCUCCUGCUCAAUCUCCUGGUACAACAGCACAACCAGCUAGUACAUCUGGUCCAAGACCUAGGACAGCACCUGUCGCUGGUGGUACAGCUUCCAGGACAGCAACCUCUGUACCGCUUGGCGACGAUGACGAAGAUAAAUCUAAAACACAAGCACGUCCACCACUAGGAUCUGGUACAGCAACUGUAGCAACACAACCCGGCUCAGCACUAGAAGCAGCUAUGUCUUUCUCAAUACCUGCUUCUACAGCUACACCAGCAGCUCUAGCCCCUAAACCAGCAGCUACACCGGUAGCUACCUCUGUACCCAUUCCAGCAGGGACUGCACCUGGUACACCAGUUGCUAUUGCGAAACCACGGCGAGCAGCUCCUACACAACUUUCCAUAUCACUGACUUCCCCAGGUGCAUCGACUGGGACUCCAGAUGCUAGUCCACCUUCUGUGCCUGUGAGUACUGGUGCUCCUCUGACAGCACAAAAACAGGCGGUUCCUGCAGGGGCCCCUGUUACUAGAUCAAGUAGAUCACCCAUGGUUAUCAGUAUUCCCGCAACACCUAGUCAGACACCGGCUACUCCAGUUGCAUCUUCAGUGCCUGCCGCCAAGCCAGCAGAACAGGCAGGAGCUCCCACCGUAAUCCCAUUUGGUUUAAAUCCCUUUGACAUAAAGUUCAACAGCUUUCCCAUGUGGAGUGAUCAAUUUGGUAAGGAAGAAGAAGCAGUCCCGACUGAAAGGAAACUAAUGCUCUAUAUGGAUCAAACUUGGAAAGCAGCGUUAUGUGAUGAUAUAACAAACUACAAAAAGUUUUUAGAUGAUUUAAAAUCGCAGCAAAAGACCAGGAGCCCAUCGCAUGUAACAUAA